UCUCAGUCUUUGUACUGUUCGGUGCCUGUGGUAUUGUGAGUGUCCACGCCCCGUAUCUAACGCGGGCGCUCGACCUGGACUUUUUCCCUCUCCCGACUCCUACCUGCGGAAGGUGCCGCUUUGAUUUUGAUUCUCAAAUAAUCUCCCUUGUGCUUCGCCAUGACUUUACUAAGGUUACUGUUGGUGGCGCUCGGGGUAGCUACAGUUAGAGCUGACGCAGCAGCAGAUGCCUUCCACAACAGCUUCCCUCCUGGUCCCGCAAGGGUCCCAAGUAAUGGCCGUAGUCUGUCAGGACCUCCCCGCCGCUCCGACAACAGCCACUGUGCCUUGCUCAUCCCUGGUCCGGGCAAGUCCUCCUCCAGAGACCACACCUUAGGAAUCUUCAAUGGCAUCCAGUCUCCCCACGCUGGUGAUGGCUUCACCUGCAUCACCUUCCAGUCGGUCGACGCAGCCUUCACUGCAGCCAGGGACCGUCACGGGCUGCCCAGACCUGGUCCUAAACCAGACAAGAACGACUUAGCUAACCUGGGCGCUAUUCUCGUCGAAACCACCCGAAACCUGGCCAAGCAAUACAACCUGCCGAAGGACGUCCUGGUCAACGGCGUCCCGCUAAUGGACACCUUCAAGACUAUCAUCGGAUCCGUCUGUCCGGACUUCAUCCUUCCCACGAAGUGCGAGAUUCAGAGGUAUCGUGAGUACAGCGGACGAUGCAAUAAUCUGGACAACCCAACCUGGGGCUCCAUCAACACCGCCUUUAAGCGCCGCCUUCCACCUGACUAUGCUGACGGCAUCGACGCUCCUAGAGUAGGUGCCGGUGGAUAUCCUCUGCCGUCCCCCCGUGUGGUGUCCGCCCAUCUUCACCGUGACGAAGGCCUCCACGACCACGCCAUCACCAUCAUGACCGUCGCUUGGGGUCAGGCCAUCGACCACGAUCUCACCCUCACUGCUGAGACCAAAGAGCCACGCACCAACAAGGACCCCAAGUGCUGUGAGGGUCCCCAGACCCAUCCCGCCUGUUUUCCUAUCCACGUACCAUCAGAGGACCCCUUCUACUCCCUCUUCAGACAGAACUGCAUCUCCGUGGUUCGUUCCCUCCCCAGCGUUAGAUACGGCUGUAAACUCGGACCCCGAGCUCAGACGAACGAGAUUGCCUCCUACAUCGAUGCCAACUGGAUCUACGGCAGUGUCAACAAACACGCCGAAGACCUGAGACUACACAGGGGAGGACUGAUGAAGUCACUGCCAGUGUUCAGGGAGUACGGGAUGAAGGACUUGCUGCCCUUGAAGCUGGAGGAACCUGACGAAGGAUGCAUCAGGCCCAACAAGGAUAUCUACUGCUUCGACGCUGGUGACGGUCGAGUGAACGAACAGCUGGUUCUUGCAGUCAUCCACACUAUGAUGAUGAGGGAACACAACAGAAUUGCCACUGAGCUUUACCGCUACAACCCACAUUGGGACGAUGGCAAACUCUACCACGAGACUCGCCACAUCAUCGCUGCCAUCACUCAGCACAUCACAUACAACGAGUUCCUGCCUAUGGUGUUGGGUAAGGAUGUCAUGAACAAAUAUGGACUCAUCCUCGAGAAACAUGGUUACUUCGAUGGUUAUGACCCCAAAGUCGAUGCGUCUAUGUCCGCCAACUUCAUCACCUCCGCCUUCAGGUUCGGUCACUCCCUCCUCCCCUCCACCAUCGAGCGUUGGAGCCCCGCCCACAAGUUCAUCGCAUCCCAGCGUCUGAGUGACAUGUUGCGACAACCCUACGACUUGUACAAGGGAGGAUGGUGCGACCAGUUCAUCAUGGGUCUUACCAACCAGGUGGCUCAGGCUAUGGACGACUCCGUUACUCAGGAGGUGACAAACCAUUUGUUCCAAGAGCCAGACAAGCGCUGGGGUAUGGACUUGGCAGCCAUCAACAUGCAGAGAGGACGUGAGCACGGCGUCCCCUCCUACAACGCCUUCAGGGAGUUCUGUGGUUUACCCAAAGUGUACAGGUUCGAUGAGCUUCUGGGAUCUAUGAGCAACAAGACCGUCCGGAGGUACAUAGAAAUUUACAGGCAUCCCGAUGACAUUGAUCUGUGGAGUGGAGGAGUAAGUGAACGCCCUCUGCCAGGAUCUAUGAUAGGACCCACCUUCAGCUGCCUCAUAGGACUCACCUUCAAGGAACUCCGCUUCGGGGAUCGCUUCUGGUACGAGAACAGGGGAUUCCCGUCCCAAUUUACCCUAGAACAACUGGACGAGAUCAGGAAGGUGAAACUCUCCCGGAUGAUCUGUGACAACAGUGACGACAUCAAGACCAUGCAGGUGUACGCCAUGGUCCUGCCUGAUCAUGAAAUCAAUCCUCGCGUGCCCUGUAACUCCGGGAUCCUUCCAAGGAUGGACUUGAGCAAGUGGCGGGACCUCCAAGGCACUCACCCCCGCCCUGAGCCAGCACCUCUCCUUUCCGUACAGCUCGACCCUUCCAUUCUCCCUACCAACACCAAGAACCAUUUUAAAUUCCCUGGUAGCCCAGAAUUAAUUGACCCAACCUCAAACUCUCAGCCUCUUCCAGAUUCUUUCCCUCCGUCACAGCAUCUACCUUCUGCAGCACCUCCUUCUGUGUCCUUUGGCGUCUCGAAUACCAACCAAGGCCAUUCUCCAUCAUUCGGCCCCAUCAGACCAACGUCUGAAAUCAUCCAUAUUCCUUCUCAUGCUGUCUCUCAGUCAUAUGGACCACCCCCCCCUCCUCCUCCUCCUCCUUCAUCAUCCUACGCAUCUCCUGAACCGACUUACGGACCUCCACCCCCGAUGCCCUCCUACGGACCUCCACCGCCGAAGCCUUCCUACGGACCUCCACCCCCGAAGCCUUCCUACGGACCUCCACCCCCGAAGCCAACUUACGGACCUCCACAGCCAACCUACGGACCGCCAUUGCCGGAGCCUGGACCCCACGGUUCAACACCCAUGUCUUACGACAUCCCCAACCCCCUACCGAAGCCCAUCCACUUCUCUUCGGAGGGUGUCCACAACUCCCACGCUCCCUUUCAAGCUCCCUUUGAGUACUGUAUAGGGGAAUUCAAACCACUUUCACCCUCCUCUCACUAUGGCCCCCCGCCCCUCCGGCCACACAUCAGGAAGAGACAACAAAACCCGAUUAAACAUUUCCUGGGGAUGAUUGGUCUUAAGGUCUGAGCAACAGAGACCAAUUGUUUAUGUAAAUUAUUUAAUUUUAUUGAUAAC